UCUAUUAUUUCUACAUCAAUCUGUAGAUACAUCUUUCUCAAUUUUCGAUAAUGAGUGGCAGAGGUAAAACCGGAGGCAAGGCCAGGGCGAAGGCUAAGACUCGCUCCUCCAGAGCAGGGCUGCAGUUCCCCGUCGGUCGUGUUCACAGACUUCUCCGCAAAGGGAACUACGGCGAGCGCGUCGGUGCCGGUGCUCCGGUGUAUCUGGCCGCUGUGCUCGAGUAUCUGACGGCUGAGAUCCUGGAGUUGGCUGGAAACGCCGCUCGGGACAACAAGAAGACCCGUAUCAUCCCCCGUCACCUGCAGCUGGCGGUGCGCAACGACGAGGAGCUCAACAAACUCCUGGGCGGAGUGACCAUCGCUCAGGGCGGCGUGCUGCCCAACAUCCAGGCCGUGCUGCUGCCCAAGAAGACCGAGAAACCCGCCAAAACCAAAUGAACACGAGAGGACACAACACUCACAAAGGCUCUUUUCAGAGCCACACA